AUGAUGUUAGGUGUAUUGAACUACUUCUUCAAAAAUUUUGUUUUAAAAAAAAAUAAUUUUAUGAAAUAUAAUAUAUUAGAAAGAAAAUAUUCUAAAAUUACUAGUGUCAACGUAAAUAAUUGGAAUAGCAUACAUAAAGAAAUAAUAGAUAAGAUUAAUGAUUGUGAUUUUGUUUCUAUUGACGUUGAAUAUACAGGAUUACAUUUAAAAGAUGAAAGAUAUAUUUCUAUUGAUUCUAGUUAUGAAGCACAUUGUUUUGGAGCAAAAUCUUUCUUCCCAUGUCAAAUAGGAAUAACAAUUGCAAAAAAAAAUGAUAUGAUAGAAAAUAUGAAUAAUCCCACAGAAAGCAAAAUAAUAAAAAAAAAUUUACAUAAUAUAAAAGUUUUAAAUAAUAGAAAAGAAAAAAACAUAGAAAAUGACAUACAUAAUAAUCAAAAAUGGAAUAUAUCACCUUAUUGUAUUUAUGUUUUUCCAAAAGAAAAUAAAUAUUUUAGUGUAUCAACGACAACAUUAAUUUUUUUAAAAGAAAAUAAUUUUGAUUUUAAUGAAUGGAUAUUUAAUGGUGUAGGUUACUUAAGGCCAAAUGAAGAAGAAGAAAAAAAGAAAAACAUUAUUGAAAAAAUUGACGAAUUAAAAAAUUUGUUAAAUAAGUGUAGUACAAAAACUUAUAACCAUGAAGAAAAAAUUGAUAUAAAUAAAAUUAUUAAUGAAAUAGAAAAUAAUAAAAUUGUUGAUGAAGAAGAUAAAGAAGCAGUUAUUGAAAUAAUAAAGAAAAUUGGAAUUUGGAUAAAUAAUGACAACACUGUAAACAAAAAAAAUAAUUCAGUUAAUGAAGUGGAUAAAAGUAAAAAUGUGCAAAUAAAAUCUUCUAAUUAUAUAAAUACUGAGGAUUCAGAUAAAUCAAAGGAUGAGAAAGAAUUUUCAUCAUCUUUUAGAGAUACUGAUGCUGAAAUAAAUAAACAUAAAAAUUAUAGCCUUAUUAAUAUGAACAAAAAUUAUACCGAUGAUAGCACUUUGGAAGAAAAGGUUACUUAUAAAAAUAUUAUGAGCAAUAGGGUUGAUUGUAACAACAAUAAUAGUAACGAUAACGAUGAUAGUAAUAAGCAUAAUAGUGCAUUUAGCAAUAAUGAAAAUAUUAGUAACUGCGAAAAAACAAAUGAUAAAUAUGAUAUAAGAGAAAUUAACGACAUCUCUAGUUAUCCUUUACACAUAGAAGUAGAAAAUCCAUACCUUCGACUUCUUGCGCAUACAUUAAUAACUAAAUACUUUAACUCAAUUUUUUGUAUAUCAGUUAAGGUUAACGAUAAAAAGCAUUUAGCAAUAUAUAGAACAGAAAAAGAUUCAUAUAAAGAACAAAUAAAGUCACUGGAAUUAGAAAUAGAGAAAAUAAAUCAAAUUAUAGGUGUAAGAUUAUUAUUUGAUGAAAUUAUAAAAAAUAGAAAAAUAAUUAUAGGGCAUAAUUGCUUUUAUGAUAUUCUACACAUAUAUCAAACAUUUUAUCAUGACUUACCAAAAUCUAUUAAUGAAUUUAAAAAAAAAUGGACAGAAUUGUUUCCUCAUACUUUUGAUACAAAAUUUAUGAAUGAAACUAAUGAAUAUUUAUACGCAUUAAAUGGACCAGCAACAUUAAAAGGUUUAUGUGAAUAUAUGGCUACCUUAAUUUCUUCAAGUAAUGAUUUCGACUUUUUUUUUAAUCUUAUGAAUGAUCAUUUUGAUCUUCCACAAUGUUUUGCCCCUUUUAUAAAUGCAAAAAACAAUAUAUCUUUUAAUGAAAAAGUAAAUAACAAUAGUAAUGAUAUCCUAGAAAAAGAGGAGUCUUUUAGAGAAAAGAAAAAAAUUAAUAGAGAAAAUAACAAGCAGGAAUAUGUAAGUGUAUCAAAUAAUAAUAAUUAUAAUUACUCUAACAGAGAAAAAUAUUCUAUAAAUAACUCAGGAGAUAAAAAUAUUCUAAGUAGUGAUGAACAUAAUGCUGGUUAUGAUAGUCUAUUAACUUGUUUACUUUUUAUAUUUCAGUGUCACUACAUUUUAAAAAGAAAUAAUAUCAUGUGGAAAGAUAUAUAUUUUUAUAAAAAAAAUAAAAUAAAUGAAAAUUCAAAGUGUUUUUUUGAUAUUUUUUUAAGUAUGUCUAACAAAAUAAAAAUUGUAAAAACACAACCAAAUGUUGUUUCUCUAACUAGUGCAGAAAAUUAUGAAAUGGCAAGACAUUUUUAUAUGUAUGAUUACCCAAAUUAUUUUAAAAAAUGGGAAAUAAUGAAAAUAUGGUCACCAAUUUGGAUAACAUUAAGUAAGGUAGAUGAUCAAUCAUGCUGGAUUAUAGCAAAAAGUGAUGAUGAUGCUAAAAAUAUAAAAAUGAUUUACAAAAUGUUAAAAAAUCCUCAAUUUAAAUUGUGUACUUAUGAAGAAUAUUUAAAUAAAUUUAAAUCCAAAUAA